CCAACUUCAAAAUAUCAGAACUCUCUCUCUUUAAGGUUUUGUCUGAUGCCACCGGUGUUGAAACCCUUGUAUCUCAAGUUCUCCAGAUGAUAAGUUAUGUGUCCGCAUCUGUAAACGGAAAUACUGUUCCUGAAUCUGCUUUACAGGAUCCAACCCUUCUCUGGCCCAGGUUCUGUGACAGAUUAGAAGCUAUAGGAGUUAUAGGAGCUGUAAGAUGUUUACAGUACAACCAGGAGGAAGGGGCUCCUCUUCAUACACCCCUCACCCCUAGACCUAAGACCGCGGAGGAGGUUUGGACGCAUGUGACAGAAGAAAGAUGGAAUAAAUACCAGAGCGGAGGUAAAAGUGCGAGUAUGAUGGACCACUACUAUGACAAGCUCCUGCAAAUAGCUGUAUUCCAACCUGAUGUAGUUCACAACAAAUACCUUGUACUAGAAGCAAGCAAGGGAAAUAUAUAUAUUCAGUUUUCAUUUCAAUUUAGGGAGAAAUUGUUUGAUUUUCAAUUAAAAGUAAGUAGUAGCAUGUCCCUGAAACUUUGAGUGAUUGAUUGAUUG